AUGCGGCGGGGCCAGAGCAGGGCUGACACCGCCUCCCCUCGGGGCCCGCCGCAGCCUGGGGACCGGGGGACCGUCCGCCCAGCGCCCCAUCGCCACGGCCCCUUGUCUCCGCAGAGCACCGGCCGGCCGUGCCCGGAGCCGGACUUCGCCGGGGGCCCGGGCUGCGCUUGCCCCUGGUCCGCCCGCGCCGGGGUUUCCAAGGAGACUUGGGCUGCCGGCUGCGCCGCGGAGCCGCCGCCGCACAGCCAGGGCCGGCGGGAGGCUCGGCCGCCGGGCCAAUUCUGCAGCCCGCAGCUCGGUGCCCAGGACGCGGCGUGGCAGGGAGACCAGCUGUCCUCCCAGCUCUACAGAAACAAGCAGCUUCAAGAUACUUUGCUUCAGAAGGAAGAGGAACUUGCUAGGUUACAUGAAGAAAAUAAUAACCUCCGACAAUACCUGAAUUCUGCCCUGAUUAAGCGUUUAGAAGAAAAAGCCAAGAAACUGCUAUCCUGCCAUGGUCAAAAAACCUGUGCUAUUCUCAAAAACACCAAGAGGAGAUUAAAAGAGGACCACUGCUUUGUUCCUCAAGAAACUCCUCAUGCUUCCAAAGCUAGAAGGAACCUCUUUAAUGAAUUCACUGCCUGUGAAGAACAAGCCAGCCCUACCGUGGACAGCUGGGUCUUGCAGACUUUGGGAUUAAAAGAUGUCAACACUAUUGAUGAAACUUCAGCUAACUACAGUGCCCUGUCCUCAGACCUUGGAAAAGACACAUACUGCCUGAGCCCUGGUGAAACAAUAGACUGUGACCACAGUGAAGGAGCAGCAGCAGUGUACAGCUGCAGCCCUGUACCUCCAGCUAACACUGGAGCUAACACCCAUCCAUGCAGCGAGGACUCUCCCUUUCUUUCUCAGUUUUCUUCAGCACCAUGUGUCUCUUCAUCAGUGCCAAGUGUUUCCUCCCUCCCAGCCUAUGGGUUGCCUUAUUUGACUGGCAAUUUGUCACCCAACAAAACAGAAGUGGCCUUCACAACAUCUCUAAGUCCUCACCGCAAUGUAAGAACACACACCUUCCACCAAGGACAAGCCUUUGUGCGCAGGGAUGAUGAUGGAGGAUGGAGAUUCACCUGGGUGCCCAAGCAGGCUGAAUAA